AUGGCGACGAGGGAUCGCACCGGUUUAUUCUUACGAUAUCGCGAACAAGCGAGAGCACUGCACCGUCGACCGGCAAGGGCAUCCGAGGGCAGCAGGUUUAUCGGCGCUGAAAAUGCAACAGGAGAUUUCGACUCAAAUCAUGAUGACAGUGCAGAUGAGGACGGUGCUCAGGUUCGGAGGGGGGGUAUGGAACCGGACUGGGUCUUCACGUACAACGAACUCACGGGUGAUUUAUCAGAACUAGAAAAGCUUCUGGAGCAACUCAUCUCACUGUAUAACAAGCAUUUGCUACCUUCAUUUGGAGAAACAGAUACUUCUCAACUUGAGCACGACAUCCGAACGCGGUCUCAUCAAUUGACCAAGCUGUUACAUGACGUCGAACGGAAAGUUCGAAAUGUCACCAAACACACUACAGAGCUUGAUUCAGAUGAUAGGGAAGUUGAAACAAAGAUCCGGCAGAACCUGCAGAAGCGAUUCGCAACACCUCUGCAACACCUCUCAAUGUCAUUCCGAAAGCGCCAGAAAGCGUACCUAGACAAACUCAAAGAACAUCGUGAAUCUUUCGCCGCGAAAACAGAUUCAAAGAUGGGAACCCUGAUAGAUAUUGGUGACCCAUCCGCAGCAGACCAGUACGACUCAGGCUUUUCAGAAUCGCAACUGCUCACCGUGGAAAACGCUUCUGCCUUGGCUGAGGAUCGAACCCAGGAGCUCACUUCUGUCGCAGAAAAUGUCAAUGACUUGGCCACGCUUGUCAAGGAUAUUGCGUCGCUAGUCGUCGAUCAGGGUACGGUUUUGGAUAGAAUUGAUUACAAUCUAGAGGACGUUAAGUUGACGACCACAAGCGCUGUGCGGGAACUACACAUAGCUAACCGGUACCAAAGGAAGCGACACGCUCUUUGUUGCAUCAUCCUUCUAUCUAUCGCAUGUGGAGUUAUGUUCACAAUUCUUGUUUUUAAAUGGACGAGCUAA